CUCGACAUCGCCUUUUAUAUUCUGCACAGCCCACGGGCAACAUGAGAACAAUUAGCAACCCCAAAAAAAAUACUUCCACGACGAGCUUCGCAAUUAACAACCAUGCUCAGUGCUGUCUUGAGUCUUGUGGCUACUACUGCCCUCGUCCGUCCCGUUGCUGGACUGACAGGCGGAGACACGUUUUACCCUCCCACUUUGAAUGCGACCUCCUAUAUUGCUGAUACUACCAUCGGCACCUAUGGAGGAAUCUAUAGCGCACCUGUCAAAGGCCCAGCGGAUGGAGGUGCUUAUGGAACCUAUGAUUACUGCUCCAUGCCACAUCCUCGUGCAAAGGAGUACGAGAUGCCGCAGGCCAUUGUGAACGGCUCCACCAAGGGAAAACUAGUUUACCUGGAGUAUUUGCAGCGCCACCAGCGCCGCACUCCCUAUAAUAUUCUACCAGGUGGAGAGAAUCAAGCUUAUCAAUGCGACAAUGUUCGGCCCUACCUUUACUCCGGCCCGGCAAGUGACAGUGGGAUGCAGCCCUUGCCAGUGUACGCCCAGACAUAUCAGGAUCCCACCAAUCCGCUUACCCCAGAUGUCAACGGAACCUGCCAGUUUCCUCAGCUGACUGUCGGUGGCGUUGAGGAUGGAUAUCAACACGGAAAAGACUUAUGGGAAGUCUACGGCCACAAACUAGGCCUGAUUCCUAAGAAGCCCAACAAACGUGUCUGGUUCCGCUCCAGCGAGUCUCCCCUGACCCAGGCAAGCGCCGGAGCAGUUUUGCGCGGUGUGUGGCCGGAUUAUCACGGUGCUCUACCCCUGCAUCAAAUGACUCCUUCAGUUGAUACAGUCAAUGAAGGAUAUUCUUGUUCCGCUAUUGGCAACACCUUGAGUGAGCUCGAAUCGACAUCAGAAUGGGCAGAGCACCUGACCGUAACUGAAGAGCUCCGGUCGACUCUCGGUUCUAUGCUGGGAGCGACCUCAUCCUCAUGGCAGAGCACCUUCGAUCAUUUCUCGGACAACUUCCAGGCCAGGCUUUGCAAUGGGUAUGAGCUGCCCUGUAAUAUGGAGAACUCUUCCGAUUGUGUAACCAUGCAGUUGGCCGAAGAGGUCUUCCGUGCAGGAGACUGGGAAUGGAAUUACUACUGGCGUACUAACCCUUACGCGAAGAAAUAUAUUCAAGUUGUCGAAGGCCUCUACAUUGGAGAAGUCGUGGCUCAUCUUCAGGCCGUCUUGGAUAAGACCUCCACUCUGGAUUACAGCCACACAUUCAUCCAUGACGGGGAUCUUGGCCCGGUCCUGGGAUCGCUGGGAAUUACUGCACUGCGCUGGCCUGGUAUGGGCUCAAAUAUUGCAUUUGAAGUUUGGGAAACUGAGCAUAAGGAGCACGCUUUCUACGCCAGAGUUCUGUACAGCGGAGAGCCAGUCAGGACAAUUCAUGGCACUCUUGACUGGGUUCCGCUCUCUGAUCUUAUCAAUAUCAUGAAGCCCUAUAUUCCCGACGACAUUGCCUCGCUGUGUGGGUAAAUUAAUACUUGAUAAUUGUAUCUACAGCUACCGACAGUCCUUGUGGUGUAAACCGUGGAUAGUCUUCAUGUACUAUGAAUUAACCGAUCCCUCCGGCAAGCGCGUGAUGCCGGAGAGUAGUUGGAGGUUUUUUUUUUCUCUUCCUGUUUCCCCUUCUAGGUUAGGAAAUAAUAUUUCAAUGUAAUGUUUGC